AUAUCAUUGACACUGACAUUUGAAUUUUAGACAAUUGUUAGGUUCAGUGUUUAGUGUAAAAAAUGAUUUUUAAGAUCUCCUAGAACAAAUGUAUAUUUUUUUUUCUCGACACUUUGCAAUAAAUUUUCAAAAUGAUCUGAACUUUUGAAGAUCGGCUCAUAUUUCCCUCACACCUACAUAACCUCUAAAUUUGUAAUGGGUUUCAAAGCAGCUGUUCAAGUUUUGAAGCAAGCUGACGAAUUGAAACUCAAAGUCUCUGGAAAAUGCGAUUGGCUCAAUAGUGCUGAGCCAUGGACAGAUCAACAAAAGCUUCAAACCAUUUAUCACCAAGUACUGGUUCUCGAUCUUGAGUAUGCCCUCGACAAAAAAGUCGAGCAAGACCUGUGGAAUAUCGGAUUCAAAAAUCACAUAUCGUGUUUGCAGGAUUUGGCUAGAGACAAGAAGAACCCGCAACGAGCCGAUUGUCAAGCCCUUCUCACCUGGGCGUUAGAAUCAGCGUCUGGAUUUUACAUCACCCUAUUACAAGAGCUGUGCAAUACUUUCGACGUUGAUUUACCUUUCCGAAGACGAGGCAAUGUUUUUGGUCAGUCAAAUCAGAAUUCGGAGCUUUCUGACUUACCACAGGCAUCUUCCUGCCUGUAUAUCUGCCAGUAUUGUCUGGUUCACCUCGGAGAUAUUGCAAGGUACAGGAAUCAAAGGAAACAAGCAGAGAGUUUUUACCAUCAAGCCAUAAUGGUAUCGCCAACGAGUGGUCACCCCUAUAAUCAGCUUGCCCUUCUGGAGGCAAGUCAGGGAAAUAAAUUAUCAACAGUUUUCUACUACAUAAGGGGCAUAGCUGUGAAAAAUCCUUUCCCAGCUUCGGCAACAAAUUUGCUGAAUACUUUGAGCUCAUCCAUAGAUAAAGACAACCCUUCUGAGAAAAUCCAAACGAAGAUGACUGUAAACGAGUUUAUCCAACUAUUUCUCUGCACACACGGUUACUUCCACACAUGCUCAGAACUGAGACAGGCCGAGUUAUCUGUUAAAAGCCUCAAUUCCAUAAUGACCGCCCUCGUUGCAACUCAGAGCUUCACCAAGGACGCUCUCAUCAAAAUAACUAUUAUCAAUUUGUAUGCUUUGAAUCAUCUGGGGACAGAUCAGAAAAAGUUGAAAGAUCUAACUGCUGAUGAAAAGAAAGUUAGGGAGCUAGUUAUGGAACUUAUAGCAGGGUCUCUGAGCGCUUUGUUGGUUCCGGUGCACACACUGAAGAUGGACGAUGGGUUAAUGGACUAUUAUGCGUUACCGGCUGUGAAAUUUUUGCUGUACUUCAUCCAAAACAAUCCUACCGUACUUAAGGAGAAAGUUUUCACAAACAGACUGCAAAUUUGGCCUAGCCUUGUCAAACUAUUGAAUAAUGUGCAGAAACACUUGAAAGGGUUCAAUUACAACAAAUAUGCAAAAACUCCUCUACCCGAAGACAAAGCGCUGCAGGGUUUUCUGCCAUUGGCGAACAAUUUCAAGGAUUUCAACUUCAGCGAGGACAUCGAUGACAUCAAACUAGAAAGGCUGAUCAGGAUGAACCGCCUCGUCAGUCUCAGCGAGUGGCUAACCGAAAUUGACGUGAACGGUAACAAACUGAUACUCAAGAACGAAACCAAUGGUGAGGUUAGUUUUGAGCCAGUUUGCAUCCAGCCUGACCCCACCAACGCUCUUCUGGAAGAAAUGAAAUCGUUCAGCUUGAAGGAACCUUCAGACGCGGAUCACAGAAAAAGUCUGGAGAAGAAAGCUGGCAUUCUGAAGCCUCAAGGAUCUUUGGAAAAAUCCAGGGAGGAGAGGGAAUUGCUGUCUUCUACUUCCAAAGAUUUGACGGUCAGUAGCAUUUUGAGCAUUGGAUCGUUGAAUAUUAAGGCUGAAUCCAUGAAGAUGAAGAGGGGGAAACAGAAUGUUGCCCUUCAGUCAAUAUUCAAGAAGAUGGAGGAAAAUAAACAGGUGAAAUUCACCGUGGACGAGCCGGAAAAAGAAAAGUCCGUCAAAUUCGAAUCUUCACAGUCACAACAGAAGCAAACCCAGCAGCAGCCGCAGCAGCAACUCAACCAGUCCCUCCGAACGCAAUCCUUCAACCAGAACCACCCCGCAUUCCCUGUGCCACCCCCCUCACAGCCCGAUUAUCUCGCCGCACUUCGGAACGUACCCAACAUGCAGAUGGACAGUCCCAGCAGUUACCAGUACCCGAACAAGGAGUCGGGGUUGUCCGGAAUGGGGUUGCAGAUCAUCCCUCCUUACCAGAACAUGAGCACUAAGCCCUUAGGGAUAAACCUGAGUCAGAAACCGCCGCCACUGGGGUACCAGCCUCAGCAGCCACAGCCACAGCAGCAAACCGGCUACAUCCCCAGCUCCACACCAUAUCAGAACGCCUCCUAUCCCUCCUCACACCCUUUCAACGUGUGGAAGCGGGACGACUUGCCAUUGAUGCCGAAUCCUUCGUGGUGGCAAAACAACCCACCCCCACAGACUCAGCAGAGUUACCGCUCGGAGUACCCCAUGAACUUCCCCUCUUAUCCUCCUCCUCCUCCUCCUAGCAGUUACCUUCAACCUCCGCCAGGUGGCGCGAUGAUGCAGGGCAAGUCACAGGGGAGUCACAGCAGCGGAGGGGAUUUGUUCAGCUCGCCAUGGAGUAACUAUUCGGCUAGUUAUGUGAACGACGCUAGCGUUAAUAACUUUGAGAACACCAACCAAGGGAUGUCAAUGCGGCAGGCCAUGCUGAAGGAAGCAAAUCUUCCUUGCACCGCUGUUGGACCUCCCAGGAGCAAUAUGGCGAGGAUGUCUAAUCCGCCUCCACCAACUCAGGAAAAACCUUUUGUACAAACCCAAACAACCAUGCCUGGAUAUUCGUUAUUUAACAAUAGUUGGACUCCGAAUCUGGCCGGCCAAUUACGCAACAACAAGCCUCAAGAGAACUUGACAAAUCACAUGCCGCAGCAAUCUCUGUUCAGCGGCCACGGCCCCAAAUCUUUGGCGCAACUUCUAGAACAGCAGAGCCAGUUGAGCAAAAAUGACUUGUUGAAGCAAUAAUUACGAAACUCUCGUUGAGAAGAAAAUUAAAAGACCUUUCAGAGGUAACAGGUUGAUGACAGCUCGACCCUGUCGAGAUUGACAGAAACAAGGGCUAAUAACACCAUAUACAGAAUUUACUUUGCUGUAUUUUCGUCUUUGAACUGUUCUGUGGAUUUUAUAUUUGACUUUCAGCUUCUUAGUCAUUUGAGGUUGUAUUAUAUUGUGCAUUUUUAUUGCUCGAUAUCACAGCUUCUCCAAGUAACUUCCCCUAACAGAUCUUUCAACUAUGUCCCCCAGUCAUUUAGCAAUUUAAUAAUUUCGCCUGAUUUCAAAGUAUUUACUACUCAAAUAACGUCUUUGAUAUACGUAGGGACCAAUAGUAGGCUCGGUGAGGUACCCUGCGGGAUACCUCGAUAGUCUUAGCGGGACUUGCACAAGAACGUUUUUUAUUCUUAUCUUUGGAGGAAUAGGACUGAGUUUGAGGUUGAAUAGUGGUGUAGUUUCGAGAUAUAACUGUUUUAAUUGAGACUUUGUAGCAGCGUUAAUAAUGUGUGAUCAAUUUGGACUUGUACUAAUUAUAAUUGUAUAUUGUUGUUAAAUUUUAUAUCAUUGACGAAUUAUUUUUAAUCGUAAAUUCAAACAAGUUUUUAUUGUAAUUUUUUUUUGAAAAUGAUAAAUUUGAUACUAGCA